AUACAGUUUUCUGUUCCCAAAACUAGAAUCUGUUGUAAACAGAGUGGACUACGUUUUGUAGACUUUAACAUUUGCCAAAGUUGUAAAAAAAUGCAUUGUUUAGAAGGAACGCAAAGACGAAUUUAGUUAUUGCACACGCGCACUUCACCGAGUAGGGUUCCCUAACAUGAAUAUGCAGAUAUCUGCUAGAACCGGCGAAUAGGAUCUCAUCUCAAUAUGACUCAUUUGUUCCCAUUGCAAAUGGCAGGCCCUGGUCUAUCUUGGUUUAGUUAAAGAAAUAUUUGCCCCAUUGCCUUUUGGGGGCGUUCGACCUGGUUAUCAUGUGAUUUCACAAAAACGAGUGACGUUUGGAAAACACAAGUGACCGGAAGAAUUACUAGUAUUCACAGCACGGUCAGACUGUUUAUGUGUUUACAUGUCUAUUUUCUCUUCUGCUUUUACCCACGGCGGGAAAUAUCACGUUCUUUGAAAGGGAUUCAUCAAGGAAGGCAUAUCUUCAGAACAUUGACCAACAAUGGACCAGUCCUCUCGAUAAUUUUUUUAAAGGUUUUAGGAAUAACAAGAUAUGAAAUAUUUCCUUCUAACUAUUUACUUGAUGUUGCAGUGUUUUUAUGCCCUGUGUACCCUCCCUGCUCCGGUCAAUGUUACCAUCGAUUCUCUCAACUUCCACCAUGUUCUCCGCUGGAUCCCUGGGCCAGGCACACCACCCGGGACCAUGUACAAGAUCUUACACAGAGAAAACAACAUGACCCUACAGCUACAGCAUCAAACCAACAUGACAAAUCAGAAGCUGGAUCUGAAGUACCCCAAAGAAGAAUACAGAUUGUGUGUUCAGGCUUCCCACGAGCUCUUAGAGUCGCCCCUGACCGUGAUCACCUUCACCCCCUACACACAGACUGUUAUUGGUCCUCCGACAUUGUCUUUGGAUGGAUGUGGCAAUUGUCUGGUAAUCAACAUCACACUGCCUGAGAUGGAAACCAUUCAAAAUGUCUAUGGGAGCACCGUAUCCUUUCAGAUCGACUGGAAGAGAGCAGGAGAGACUCGGAUCAAAGAGACCCGUACAACUCAUUUAAGUUAUAUGCUGGAGAACUUGAAGGUGGGCGCAGAGUACUGUGUGAGGGUGCAUACGAUGAUCACCACCAACCAAAAAACACAGCUUUCUGAGUGGAAGUGUGCACACACCAGUAUUGUGGAGGCUAACAGAGUGCACCUUGGAUUGGGGUAUAACCAUGACUUGUCCCCCCCAGUCCCUGCUGUUGUAGCUGGGGUGUCGGUUCUCCUCAUUGUGAGUGGGGCAGGCCUGAUGGUUCUCAUGUUUGUCUUGUUCUACACGGGGUUCUUGUGCAAGUUGAAGACCCACCUGCCUAGAUCACUGACUGACCUGGUUGAGGGCUACCUAGUCACCCCAGAGAGAACAGUUCCUGACCUGGUCUCCAUAUCCUCUGAGCCAGAGCAACAAGGGAAGGCCCUCACAACAAAAGCACACCACAACAGAGAGAACUCAAACCGAGCAGGGGAGGAAGAGGAGGAGGAGGAGGAUGAAGAGAAGGAGGGGGGAAACGGCACGGUCUACAUGGACCGCGAUGCGGGGCUCUCCUUUGAUAGCAGCUCCAGCACCAUACAGUCCCAGGAAGCAUCAGGGGCUAAUGUUGCCCUUCUUAACGUAGCAGGGCAUUCUGGGGGGUUGAGUUUUGAGACAGCAGCUGAGGAGGAAGAGGAAGUUCCUGUGGGUGUGGUGGUGCUUGGAGGUCAGGGUCAGAGCGAGGUCAAAGGUGAACUAACGAAGGUCAUUUCCAGCCUAGACGGAGAUCAACCCAGACCUCUGGGACUUGUAGGGUUGGGUGGAGAGGAGGAGAAAGAGAUGAGGGAGGUGGAGAAAGAGAUGAGGGAGGAGACCUCUGGUAACGUCAAUCUGUUCUCUGUGACUCUGGGGGCUUUAAAGAGGGAGGAGGAGGAGGAGCAUGAGACAGAUGUUUUAUUAGGCUGUUCCAAACAGGAGCAGAAGCCUCUACUUCCCAUAGACUCCUUACAGAGGACAUUAGGACUGGACAGCAUGGGAUCACAGGGUGAGAUACAGGAAGAUACAGGCCUAGUACUGACACCGUCACGGGCAGACUGCACACACAAAUACUUUGAAUAUUCAGAUAGACAUGCUGUCAGCUGUACAAAGACAUACUCUGACUGCCUGGUAACGCACACUGGCACUGUGCAGUCUCACAAUGAGACAGAGGAAGAGGAAGAAGAAGACUUCUCAGGCUAUAUGGGACAUUGAUGCGUGCGUGCGUAGCGUGGUUCAUUCUGCGUUGUGUACUUUUAAUUAGGACGCUGCCACAACUGAAGGUCUGCUAGUUGAAUUAUUUUGAUUUGCCCUGCACAUGAAGAGACAACACACAUUGUGUUAACCCUUGGCGCAGUCCUAGCUCUCAGACACCUGCACAUGAAGAGACAACACACAUUAUGUUAACCCUUGGCACAGUCAUAGCUCUCAGGCACCUUGCUAGCCGAAGGUCAGGCAAAGGAGAACAAUAAGGGGGUAUGGAAAUACAGAUAACCCGCGACAGGCCAAACCAAAAUAUACAACAUUUAUUAUCAAAUUAUUAACAUCCCCUCUAGACCUGGCCUAUUUGAAUUGGUCCUUGUGUGCAACUUGGUGCAUAAUCUAGGGGAACAACAUCGCACUGCUACACAUGCGUUCCGUGUAGGCCUACAGUGUAAGUGUUUUAGCCGAUAAUUGCACAGCUAUUCCACUUGGUUGGAUAUGCCUUCUAUCACGUCCAUUCCUUCCCAAAUAUUGUCUUCUGUUGAGAAUGUGUGUAAAACAAAGGUAUUCACACUUUCCCGAUCCUCACCCCAAAACGGAUGACAGCCUUAAAAUGUCUCUACGUGUUAUCAGGAUUCUGUUCAUUCAGAUACACUUAAUUUUUGAAAUGAUCUUUCUCAAAAACGUUUGUAUAUUGUCAAAUACUAUAGCAUGUACUAUUCAUUUGUAUUUUUUUUUGUUAUUUGGUGACAUUAAUGCAGUUCCUCCAGCCCGACUUUGAAUACCACUGAUGUGUCCGUUUCAUUCAUUGUAAUGUACGUGCAAUUUUAUGAAAGAAGAAUUAGAGCUCAAUGAUCAAAUCGUGACCCGGUUUUUGUGUAGAAUGUGUGUUUUUUAGGCUAUUGUUUCUAAAAGUUAUUAUGUGGGAAAUUCCUUGAUACGUCGAGACUUGUAUGUCAUGUUAAAGUACACUGCUCUCUAAAAAAAAGAAAUGCUUAGUGUGAAACAAUGUCCCCCAGGAAAAGCCAAUCCGUUCUUAUAAAGAUCUGUGGAUGGUUGCUCAACAUUGUCGUCAUUUCCAGCAGCAGCGUUGUUAUGCCGCGUUCAAAACAACUGGGAACUCGGAAAAAUACGAGGUCGAUGAUCUUCAUGUGAGAAAAUCUGAUCUCUAGAAAGAGGCCCGGGUUUCCGAUUUGGAAUUCCGAGUUGGAUGACGGUUCGAAAUGAUUUUCCCAACCGUAACUCGUUUUUUAACGCCUGUAAAUCGGAGAUUUCCGAGUUCCCAGUUGAUUUGAACGCGGCAAAAACCUUUUUGUAUUUCUACAAGCUGGCAAGGCAGCAGUUACGGAAAGCACCCCAAUUGUGGCAGAGGACUGGCUCUUCUUGUUUGACUUUCUGUUGCCAACCAGGCAGAAAUGUCAUCUCAUAACGGUAGCUAUGUUUUAUUGUAAUUGCAUUAUGCUUGGCGUUAUCAAAGGAUAUCCACUGUUUGGCCUAGGCUUUGUUAGCGAGAAGCUAACGGACUCGUGGUAUUAGUGGAACCGACAGCUAACUGUUGUUUUACUAGCGGUUAUCGUGUUUUGUUCUUACUAUCUCUCUGCACGUUUAGUUUGGGUAAUGUUGAUGUAGCUAGUUGGCAGGGGUGUAAAAAAGACUAAGUACCACUUAACGUUACCCCCAUAAAACUACUUAUCUGCUUUACUAUUUUUUAUUUUUUGACAACUUUU